UUUAAGAGUUUCCCAAGCCCAUUUCCUCCGUUAUUUCGCUGCAGCCCCGUGAAGGAGGCAAGAUUCUCCCCAUUUGCCAGAUUUGACAGGAGAGAAGCCUGCCGUCCUGGGGCAGGGUUGGGGGGAGGUAAGUGAAGAAGCCAAGGUCACCCAGUCAUUGGCGGAACGCAGCCUCAACCCAGCCCUUCUGCGGGCCCGCUGGAGCCCGGCUAGGUGGGCUCCAGCUGCUGGCCCGAGCCCCUUCUUUUCUCGGCUGGCACUCGGGGGCGGGCUGGCCACAAUGACAGGCAGGUGAGACGCUGGACCUGAGGGAGCAGCGAUGGCAGUGUUUCUGGAGGCCAAGAAUGCCCAUUCGGUCCUGAAGCGGUUCCCUCGUGCCAAUGAAUUCCUGGAGGAGCUGCGCCAGGGCACCAUCGAGCGCGAGUGCAUGGAGGAGGUCUGCAGCUACGAAGAAGUCAAGGAGGUGUUCGAGGACAAAGAGAAAACGAUGGAGUUCUGGAAGGGGUACCCGAAUGCGGUCUACUCAGUCCGCGACCCUGCACAGAGUUCAGAUGCCAUGUACGUGGUGGUGCCCCUUCUAGGGGUGGCCUUGCUGAUUGUCAUUGCCUUGUUCAUCAUCUGGAGAUGCCAGCUGCAGAAAGCCACUCGUCAUCACCCCUCGUAUGCUCAGAACCGGUACCUAGCCAGUCGCGCCGGGCACAGCCUCCCCCGGGUCAUGGUGUACCGGGGCACUGUGCAUAGCCAGGGGGAGUCCUCUGGGCACCGCGAGACAGGGAGCAACCCGCAGGUGGUGCUAGGGCCCAGUCGAGGGGGCAGAACGAUGGUCCGUCUUGAGAGCACCCUCUACCUCCCUGAGCUGUCUCUCUCCAGGCUGUCCAGUGCCACUCCUCCCCCAUCCUAUGAGGAGGUGACUGCACCCCAGGAGAGCAGCAGUGAGGAGGCCAGUGUCUCCUAUAGUGACCCACCCCCAAAGUAUGAGGAGAUAGUGGCCACCAACCCUGGCUUGGACAAGUAGUAGGACUUCUGUCCUGUCCGGAUUGAAAGCCUCCUUCAGGGGUCUCCUAGUUUUUUUUUUUUUUUUAACUUUUUGAAGACUGUGCCAACACAAAACAGCCUUAGCCUCCUGUUGCCAAAUAAUUUCCUAACCCUGGAUUUGUAGGAAGUCGGUUGUCAGAGACAGGUUGGGGGGGGGGGGGCGUAGGGAACACGCAUGCGUCAAAGCCCCUGGGGAGAGCCAAAGGCUAGAGAGCCCAGCUCUUCCAGAAGCCCCCGUGCUCCCACCAUCCUGUCGUCCCUUCAGGAACUGGCUUCUCUUAUGCCAAAGGUAUUACCCCACUGAGCUGAUUGUGG